AUGCGUAAAGUGUUUGCCAUCAAACCUCACUUAUCAUUCGCCGAUUUCGAUAGCAACGAGUUGGAACACGUCAAGUCCAUGGCGUGGCCUAAAGCCUCUUCGAGCUCUCUUACUCGCUCUUCAGUUCCUAUGCCUAGCGGCUCUACGUCUUUUACGCCAAAAUCUCAUGGCCCGAGGCCAACGGUGGACAGGAACAGGUCCUCCCGCUCUCAACAAACUCAAUUCAAAAUCAAGCCUACGGAGGGCCUGCCGCGCAAUCAGACUGUUUGCGGAGGCUGGAAUCUCGACAAAUGCCCUGACCCGCCAAAAUGUGGCAGGAUUCAUGACAUCUGCGACGUUAUGGGGUGUUACAAACCCCAUAAGCAAAUCAACCAUCCCAAAUGA